UCAUAGUUCUUUUUAUGACUAACAACCGUUAAUUGCAGCGUCGGGGAAAACCUUGAAUAUACGGCUACAUGGAACGCUGCUAUGCUCCAGACGGAGGAUAUCCUCAAAGCCGUUCGAGUAGCCAGGUCGAAAGGUCGUGGGGAGGUUAACUUCGAGCCCCUACCGAUGGAUAUCGUACCUUCUGCGUCGAGGUCAGACGCGAAACCAAAACCGAAGCUUUGAAUGUGGUAUUAUGGAAGAUAUUAGAAGCAUUAUUAUCGCCCGUGCCUUCCUUUCUGCCGGUUUUCAGGUAGCGCAAGCAAGGCCAUUUGAGGAUGCUACAAUGUAUCAGUACGUUUGUUGCAAGUCACAGGCCGACACGGGACUUAGGUUCAUGAGAAGAGUGAAUGCCGCACAACAAGUCACCUCGUGUAGGCAUGCAUACUGUAGAUCAUAUACAUCUUUCAUACAAAAGGUGCAUGAACAACAAAAGUGUACAGGUAGGCAGUUUUUCGCCGUUGACCCAGGACCCGCUAUUCAUUGUGAUGAAAACGGAUUGACGGAACCCAAGAAAUACAUAUAAUACUCGAACUUUUCACAUACAAGGAGCCCACUUUACAUUUUCAUUCUGAGGUUCACGUGAACCGC